AUGGGUGGAAAAAAGUCUAAACCUGUUCUUGAUUCUCCUGAUGGAGCAACAAGAAUAGUACAAACAUCAUCAGAUAUUCGUUUAGCAAGACAUAUUGACCAAAAUUACCUUCUCAUUUGGCUAAAUCCAUAUUUUAACGAGAACAAUGAAAAUUGUCGUAAUUUUGUUACUCAUUUGAGAAAUAUUUUCAGUACUAUUCAUACAUUCACUGAUGUCGAUCAUUGUAUCGAUUAUCUUACUGAUGUCAAAAAAGAAAAAGUCUUUAUGAUUAUUUCCAGUACUAUUGAUCAAAAUUUAAUACAUCUCAUUCAUGAUAUAUAUCAACUUGAUUCCAUCUAUAUACUUCGUGAAAGUCUUUCUUGGCACGAACAGUGGGUAACAGGAUGGCCUAAAAUGAAAGGUAUUUUCAUACAAUUAUUAUCAAUUUCAAGAGCAUUAAAAGAAGUAACUAAACAAUGUGAUCAAGAUCUAAUUUCGUUAAGCUUUUGUUCAUCAAACGAUAAUACAUCCGAUUUGAAUCAUAAUGAACUCGAUCAAUCAUUUAUGUACACACAAUUAUUUAAAGAAAUUCUGUUAGAAAUCGAUUACGAUGAACAAGCGAUUGAAGACUUUGUCUCUUACUAUCGUAAAAAAUACUCAAAUAACGAUACUAAUUUUGAUUUUAUCAAUAAAUUUGAACGCGAAUAUUAUCUUCAUUCUCCCAUUUGGUGGUAUACUCAUACAUGGUUUUUAUAUUCAAUGGUUAAUCGAGCUUUACGCAAUAUGGAAGUUGAUAUAAUCAUUAAAUUAGGUUUCUUCAUAUCCGCUCUUCAUCAACACAUCGAACAACUCUAUACAGAACAAUUUGCCAGUACUCAAAAACAAUAUUUUAUAGUUUACCGAGGACAAGGUUUAUCGACGAAAGACUUUGAAAAACUUAUGAAAACGAAAGGUGGAUUGAUUUCAUUUAAUAAUUUCUUGUCUACUAGUAUCGAUAGAGACGUAUCACUUGCUUUUGCUGAUAGUAAUCGAAAUAAUCCCAAUACAAUAGGAGUUCUUUUUAAAAUGACAAUUGAUCCAAGAAUCUCAUCAUCACCGUUUGCUCGCUUGGAUAACACUAGUUGCUUUAUGAAUGAACAAGAAAUCCUGUUUUCUAUGCAUACAGUUUUUCGUAUUGAUUCAUUGGAACCUUUCGUCGAUAAUCAACAUAUUUGGCAGGUUGCGCUGACACUCACUAAUAAUAUUGACCAACAGCUUAAUUCAGUUGCCGAUGGAAUACGACAUAGAUUAUCGAGACUAUCCGAACCUGUUCGAUUGAUUGGCAUACUCAGUCUGCUUGCUAACUUCGAAGAAGCCGAAGACUUGCUAAAUACUGUAGACAGUCAAAUGUUUGAUGGUGACGAUAAAGCAGGUUUGUCUUUGAUGGCUGGCUAUUUAAAACUCGCACAAGAAGAUUAUGGGGGAGCAAUGUCACUUCUGACAGAGGCUCUUGAUAUUUUCCAAAAGAAUCCGACUCAAAAUUAUCUUUCUAUUGCGUUUACUUAUAGCAGUAUUGGGUCAGUAUACUUUCAUAUGGGAGAGUACCUACGAGCGAUUUCUUUUUAUGAAAAAGCAAUGGAAAAUUUUCCUGAGUGUUCUUCUUCAAAUGAUAAUUAUUUGGCUCUUAUCUAUAAAAGUGUUGGGUUGGUUCAUUCUAAGAUGGGAGAGUACUCAAAAGCGAUUUUUUUCCAUAAAAAAGCGAUCGCUAUCUAUCAAAAAGAAAGUCUACCUGGGGACGAUAUACAUUUGGUGUUGUCCUAUAAAGACCUCGGUUUCGUUUAUGAAAAUAUGAAAGACUACUCAACAUCAGUUUAUUUUUAUGAAAAAGGACUUCAACUGUACCAACGAAUAGUCCUUCCAAAUCAUCUACAUUUGUCUAUUUACUACAAAGAUAUCGCAUCUGUGUAUUUCAAGAUGCAUAAUUACCAUAAAGCUCUUCAAUAUUGUCAACAAGCACUUCAGAUAUGUCAAAAAUGUCUGCCUUCAAAUCAUCUUAGAUUAGGCGAAAUGUAUUCGCUAAUUGGUCGUGCUUAUAACAAAAUGGGAGAGUACUCAAAAGGAGUUGCUUUCUCUAAGAAAGCACUCAAAAUUCUCACUCAAUGA